AUGAGACCAGCGGAAAAUGGCGGGGGUGGUCUCCGUCCCCGCUGUAACACGUGGCGCUUUGCUCUGGCCCCGGCAGAGUUCCUGCAGCUGGAGGAGCGCGCGCGGGGCCAGGAGCUGGAUGGGGCGGCCGUGGUGGUGGAGCAGGUGCCGCAGACCGACAGCGUGCCAAGCGAUGGGGGUGUUUUGCUGCAACACCUCGCGCCGCGUGUGCACGGGCUGACCGGCCCCUCCGGCCCCCAGGUGAGCGGGGAGGCGAGCGCGUGCCGUGCGGCCGUCGAGUUCCUGCAGAGCCUGCUGGGCACCGUGAGCUCCCAGACGGUGACGCUGCGCUACCCCGGCGUUGCCCGCUUCCUGCUGGACGAGCCUGGGCAGAGCCUCUUGCAGGAGCUGGAGAGCUGCUUCCAGUGCGUCUUCGGGCUGGAGCACGUCCGCUGGAGCCCCCCGGACUCGUCGCGUGAACUCGAGGUGUCCGAGGAGCUGGUGCCCCUGAGCUGCCACCCAGACCCCUUUAUCUCCGCUGAGCCGCCGGAGCCCCCCGCCGGAGCCACCAGAGACCACCAAGGCUCCAGCAUCGAGGAGAUCAAGGGGCUGCUCGCGGCUCUGCAGCCUGGGGACGGAGCGGCCCACGCUGAGGGGGAGACCCAGUACUUGGCUGGUGGCAACCCCGAGCCCCCGACGGAGGGGGAGGAGGAUCUGUACACGGCGCCAGGGCCUGUUGCCGCCACAGGGCCGGAGCCGGAGCUGGAGCUGGAGGAGGGAGAGCCGCGGGGCCCGGCUGAUGGAGGCGAGAAGCUGCCGGGCGCGGAGCUGGGCAGCAGCGCGGCGGCGGGCGGCGUGCCCCUGGACGAGGAGGUGAGGCUGGUGCGCCUGGCCGAGGGCUCGGAGGAGUUUCGGGACACGGUGCGCAGCUUCUACGACACGCUGGACAACUUCCACAACAAGAUCCGUGUGAUUAAGGUGGAGAAGCUGAUCCAUCCGCUGCUGUACCAGCAGUACCAGCUGAAGAAGGCGUGCAUGGAGAAGGCCUGCUGCCACCGGCCCGUGGAGCGGCUCCUCUACCACGGCACCACCGAGGAGUCCAGCCACGAGAUCUGCCAGCACGGCUUCAACCGCAGCUUCUGCGGCAAGAACGCCACGCGGUUCGGGCAGGGCGUGUACUUCGCGGUGAAGGCCGUGCUGUCGGUGCAGGAGAUGUACUCCCCGCCCAGCGCCGACGGCAACAAGUACAUCUUCGUGGUCAAGGCGCUGACGGGCGAGUUCACGGUGGGCACCCCGGACAUGCGAGUGCCCCCGCUACGCGCAGCCCGGUGUCCAACCUCGGGCGCCGACGUGACCUCCCCCGAGCAGUAA